GCCAGCUUGGGGACUACGGACUUGUUCCUCCUGCGUUUAUUGGUAGUUGAACCUCAGCCUGGUUCCGUUCUACCGGGAAUUCCGUGUGCUUGGGUAUAUGGCGGAGUCUGCGAGCGCGCAAGACCAGGGUUGGGACAGUGUUGUCUGCAGACAAAGGGGGAAGGCUAGCUCUGCCCCCCACUGGCGCCCACUCUACGACUGAGGACACCAGGUUGAUGAUAAAUUGGGACCCAGCCCGCGUAGAACUAGAUACACUUCCACAUAUACAUCGAGGACGGUGAUUAAUCGUAAGGAGAUUCGCUUUGUGGGGACAUCCCCCGCCUACCAAAAGCUUAUUAGAACUGAUGGGGAAGAGCCUCGAUUUGGAGGAUCCGGAAAGCCAAAGUUGGGCCAAUGAUACAUAGCGGAUGGGCAGGGGAUGGAGCCCAGGAGAAGGCACUGAGAUCCUCCUCCUCCACAGAAUAUCAAAAGAAACCGAAGAGCCUACGAAAAGAAAGACACAAUUCAAGAACACACACACAUACAAAAUUGUGGUCACCUGGAGCCAGGGGGCUGAACCAGCUUUCUCAGGAUUCAGCAGACACAGACGUGGUGGUGAAGGACACCGUGGUGGUAGUCAAUGUUAUUUGAGCAGGGUCAGCAGGCCCUGGAGCUUCCUGAGUACACCAUGCAGAAGGCGGCAUACUAUGAAAACCCAGGACUCUUUGGAGGCUACGGCUAUAGCAAAGCCACUGACACUUAUGGCUACAGCAACCCCCACCAGCCUUACCCUCCUACUGCUGCCACCAACUCCCUGGACAGUGACUAUCCAGGUUCUGCCUGCUCCAUCCAGAGUGCUGCACCCCUUCGAGCCCCAGCCCACAAGGGGGCUGAACUCAAUGGCAGCUGCAUGCGCCCUGGCACUGGGAAUAGCCAGGGCGGGGGUGGUGGCAGCCAGCCUCCUGGUCUGAACUCGGAGCAGCAGCCACCACAACCCCCUCCUCCACCGCCCACCCUGCCCCCAUCCUCGCCCACCAAUCCUGGAGGUGGAGUGCCUGCCAAGAAGACCAAGGGUGGGCCCAAUGCUUCUAGCUCUUCAGCCACCAUUAGCAAGCAGAUCUUCCCGUGGAUGAAAGAGUCUCGACAGAACUCCAAGCAGAAGAACAGCUGUACCACUGCAGGCGAGAGCUGUGAGGACAAGAGCCCGCCGGGCCCGGCGUCCAAGCGGGUGCGCACGGCAUACACGAGCGCGCAGCUGGUGGAGCUGGAGAAGGAGUUCCACUUCAACCGCUACCUGUGCCGGCCGCGCCGCGUGGAGAUGGCCAACCUGCUGAACCUCACCGAGCGCCAGAUCAAGAUCUGGUUCCAGAACCGGCGCAUGAAGUACAAGAAGGACCAGAAGGCCAAGGGCAUCCUGCACUCUCCGGCUGGUCAGUCUCCGGAGCGCAGCCCACCCCUGGGCGGCGCGGCGGGCCACGUGGCCUACUCGGGCCAGCUGCCUCCGGUGCCCGGCCUGGCCUACGAUGCGCCCUCGCCGCCCGCUUUCGCCAAAUCGCAGCCCAAUAUGUACGGCCUGGCCGCCUACACGGCGCCGCUCAGCAGCUGCCUGCCCCAGCAGAAGCGCUACGCGGCGCCCGAGUUCGAGCCCCACCCCAUGGCGAGCAACGGCGGAGGCUUCGCCAGCGCCAACCUGCAGGGUAGCCCGGUGUACGUGGGCGGCAACUUCGUCGACUCCAUGGCGCCCGCAUCCGGGCCCGUGUUCAACCUGGGCCAUCUCUCGCACCCGUCCUCGGCCAGCGUGGACUACAGCUGCGCCGCGCAAAUCCCCGGCAACCAUCACCACGGACCGUGCGACCCUCAUCCCACCUACACAGAUCUCUCGGCCCAUCACUCGUCUCAGGGACGCCUGCCGGAGGCCCCCAAACUGACACAUCUGUAGCGGUCGCCCCACAGACCCGAACUCUAUACCUCUCGUGUUUGGUGAUGGGGGUGGGGUGGGGAUGGAGGCAGUUGGGUGGGGGGAAACCUUCUCCCCGCUCCGGCCCGGCGCUACCUCCCGAGUCUCGGGCCUCCAGCGGGCUUUUCCCCCCUCCCCUCGCGUCCACCUUUGGGGUGACUCGCCAUAAAUCUGCCGCAAGCAAGGAUCCUCCCCUUAAGCCUGACAGUGCCAUAGACUGCGGACAGAGGGACUCUAAUCUGGUAAUGGUGUCCCUGAAGGUAAGUCCGAGAUGCAUCCGCGGCGUGUACUGAGGGACUGAGUCUGGAGAAUCCUGGGCCUGGCCCGCGUCUAGCUUAGUUUUGGAGACCUUUAAUUUAUAUACUCCUCCUCCCUUCCUUAAAGGAUUGCAACGGACUGAAAUAUCUGUAUUUAUUAUUUGAAGCGAGUCAUUUCGUUUCCCUGAUUAUUUAUCCUCGUCUUAAUGUAUUUAUGUGUAUAUCUGUAGAAUUCUCCAGCCGAGCUUAGGUACGCGGCGCUCCCAGGCCUUGGGGUGGGGGGAGUCACAUUUCACCUUUUUAGUCCCCAUGGUCUGAACUAGUUGAGAGAGUAGUUUUGAACAGUUGUAACCGUGGCUGGUGUUUGUAGUUGAUGUAAAGGAUUGAGAUCACAAAUUGUCCUUCAUGGGUAGAGUCAGGCAGCCCGGUGGCAUGGCACCCCCACCCAACACAUGUUAGUCAUUUCUCCAACAGCAGCAGCCCUCACCACUCGACACAGUUUAUUGAUUUCAAAUUGUCUGGUACUAUUUGAACAAAUAUUUAGAAUAAAAAAAAUUCUCAGUU